AUGACUUUUGCAAACGCUGUAGCCACUCCUUUGUCUCCAAAGCAUGGUCUACAUGAAGCUGUAGGAAGCCUGGUUGAAGCAUCCUUUUAUAGAAUGAUAGUAGGGAUCCUUCAGUACUUGACUCUCACAAGACCGGAUAUUACUAAUGCUGUGAAUUUAGCAAGCCAAUUUAUGUUGUAUGGAUACUCAAAUGUUGAUUGGGGAGGUUGUACCACAACUAGGAGAUCAACUACAUCCUAUAGCAUCUACCUAGGUGCAAACUGUAUUUCUUGGACCUCCAAGAAACAGUCCACAGUUGCUCGCUCAAGUGCUGAAGCUAAGUAUAGAGCACUUGUCUCCACUGCCUCAGAAAUGACAUGA